AAAUCCUUUCACACGGAACUUUCUCGACAUAAGACGUAACGCAGUACCUUCUCGCCCCUUCCUUUUUGUUUCCCACCCCUGACCCCCUUUCCUUCUCUCCAUCUUUCUCUCUCUCCCCUUCAUUCCCCCCUUUUAUUAUUAUUAUUCCCUCAUAUCGGAACCUUCUAGAAUCACCUCUUUCUCUCUCUCAUCCGACUCCUCCAUGACUCCGCCUCCACCCACGCCGGUGGACACCUCCGACUCCCCCGCUACCGGCGGUGAGUCUCAGAGAUCCAUUCCGACUCCCUUUCUAACUAAGACCUACCAGCUCGUUGAGGACCAGUCCAUUGAUGACGUCAUCUCCUGGAACGACGACGGAUCCACCUUCAUCGUCUGGAAUCCUACCGUCUUCGCCAGAGACCUUCUCCCUAAGUAUUUCAAGCACAAUAAUUUCUCUAGCUUUGUUCGCCAGCUCAACACCUAUGGAUUUAGAAAAGUUGUACCUGAUCGGUGGGAAUUCUCCAACGACUGUUUCCGCCGGGGAGAGAAGCGCCUCCUCUGCGAGAUUCAGCGCCGGAAGAUCUCCACGCCCUCACCGUCGCCGUCUCCCACGGCUGCCGGGAUUGCCACCGCCACCGUCGCGGUUCCUUCUCCGAUGCCGUUGACCGCUAUACCCACGGCGAUGCCGAUAAUAUCACCGUCUAACUCCGGCGACGAGCAGGUGAUAUCGUCGAGCUCUUCGCCGUCGCGAGCCCCGGCGGAGCUCCUCGACGAAAACGAGAGGCUACGGAAGGAGAACGUGCAGCUCACGAAGGAGCUCGCCGAGAUGAGAUCGCUUUGCAACAACAUCUUCUCCCUGAUGUCGAAUUACGCCACCACCAACGCCGCCACAACUACCACCACAAACAACAGCAAUAGCAACCAAAUCGAUGGAAGCGCCCAAGGAAGCAGAGAUUCCGCUUUCACGGCAGUGAGGCCGCUAGAUUUGAUGCCGGUGAAGAGGAGUUCGAGCGGGGAACCGUGGACGGAAACGGCGACGGCGAUGAUGGUGGAGGAGAUGAAUCCGAAGCUCUUUGGCGUGGCAAUUGGAGCAAAGCGUGCGAGAGAAGGAGGUGGUGGUGGUGGUGAAGGAGGAGGAGGAGGAGGAGGUGGUAGUGCUGGUGGAAGAGCAGGGGAGGAGGAUACGCUGUUGCGCCUUCAUCAGCCUGGUUAUGCGGACGUGAAAUCGGAGCCGUUAGAUUGCCAGAACCAUCGCGAUAAUAGUAGUAAUCAGGAGACCCCAUGGCUGAAUCAGUGCCACAGAGCGAAUCAAAGAGUUUGCAAUUGACAAGUGGCAGUGUGCAAGCUGUAGGGAGCAUGUUAGAUUAGAUACACGGUGGUGCAGAGAAUCAGAGUCCGUGCACGCGGAGGCGCACGUGACGAAUCGGUCACGUGCGUCGUUUAACCGUAUGGGACCGAUUCCGAGAAGUUUCUCAGGGGGACGCAUAAAAAGUCCGUCUCACUGUUCUCACUUCUCAGAAGAAAACAAUACGUCUCGUCCUUUUCUUUUGUACCCUUUUUCUUUAGUUUUUAUUUUAUUUUUUUUCAAUUUUUUUUUGGCAUUAUAUAUUUUAAUUGGAACUUGGCCUGUAGAUUUACCUCUGUUAGUGAGAAUUUUACUUGUGGCUGUCAAACUUGGUGAUUCAUAAUCAAUGUGAAGUUGUCAAUUUGCUGACAAAAAAUAAAAAACCAUGUGGAUAUAUUGUAGUGGUAGAGUGGUAGUAAGCAGUGAAAUGUUUCUAUUUAGUAAA